GCUAGAGGGGCAGGGCGAAAAGGAGGGUGGAGAGAGAGUGAGAGAAAAGGUGUGUAUGUGUGGGGUAUACUAGCUAUCACGUGAUGCUGGUGGCCCGGAAAGACCUGAGGUGGGGCUGAGCGCCUCCUCCGUCCGCCAUUUUCCUGCGGUUUCCAGCUGUGUGAAAGGGAAGGAAGGAAGGGAAGAAGGCUGGCGGUGGCAGCCGAGUGUCGGAAGCGCGAAGAGAGGGCGUGGUAGUGACUGGAGACCGAGGAGGCGGAGAAGGAAGCAGGUCUCUUUCCCGGGUGACAGACCCGGCCCUUCCGGAGGGCGGAGCGCUGCCUGGCGUCCAAGGCUAGGCGGCGGCGACGGCUCCAGCUGGGACCGCCCUCCCUCCGUCCCUCCUUCCUUCCCUCAUCCCCGCCUCACCAGCUUGGCUAAAGAAUAGCGGCGGCGCUCGGAAUCUGGCACCUCCACCACCGUCACCACCACCAUGUCUGGGCAGAGCCUGACCGACCGCAUCACGGCGGCGCAGUACAUCGUGACCGGCUCUGCCGUGUCCAAGACGGUCUGUAAGGCCACCACGCACGAGGUGAUGGGCCCCAAGAAGAAGCACCUGGACUAUUUAAUACAGUGCACAAAUGAGAUGAACGUAAAUAUCCCACAGUUGGCGGACAGCUUGUUUGAAAGGACAAUGAACAGUAGCUGGGUAGUGGUUUUCAAGUCACUCAUCACAACUCAGCAUCUAAUGGUGUAUGGAAAUGAGCGUUUUAUCCAGUAUCUGGCUUCCAGGAACACAUUGUUUAACUUGAGCAAUUUCUUGGACAAAAGUGGAUUGCAAGGGUAUGAUAUGUCCACAUUUAUCAGGCGAUAUAGCAGGUAUCUGAAUGAAAAAGCCGUUUCUUACAGACAAGUAGCCUUUGACUUCACAAAAGUAAAAAGAGGGGCUGACGGAGUCAUGAGGACCAUGAAUACAGAGAAACUCCUAAAAACUGUACCAAUAAUACAAAAUCAGAUGGAUGCGCUUCUUGAUUUCAAUGUCAACAGCAACGAACUUACAAAUGGGGUAAUUAAUGCUGCCUUCAUGCUUCUCUUCAAAGAUGCCAUUAGACUCUUUGCAGCAUAUAAUGAAGGGAUUAUUAACCUGUUGGAAAAAUACUUUGACAUGAAAAAGAAUCAGUGCAAAGAAGGCCUUGACAUAUAUAAGAAGUUUCUCACUAGAAUGACAAGAAUUUCUGAGUUUCUCAAAGUUGCAGAGCAAGUGGGAAUAGACAGAGGAGACAUACCAGAUCUUUCUCAGGCACCAAGCAGCCUCCUUGAUGCAUUGGAACAGCACUUAGCCUCCUUGGAAGGAAAGAAAAUCAAAGACUCUACUGCUGCAAGCAGGGCUACCACUCUUUCCAAUGCGGUCUCCUCCCUUGCAAGCACUGGCCUGUCGCUCACCAAAGUAGAUGAAAGGGAAAAACAAGCUGCGCUAGAAGAAGAACAGACACGUUUAAAGGCUUUAAAGGAACAACGUCUAAAAGAACUUGCAAAGAAACCUCAUACCUCCUUAACAACAGCUUCCUCUCCUGUGUCUAAUACAGCAGGAAGCAUAAUGACUACACCAGCGAUUGACAUUUUUUCCACACCCAGUUCUUCAAACAGCACAUCAAAGCUGCCAAAUGACCUCCUUGAUUUGCAGCCAACCUUUCAUCCCUCUGUGCAUCCUAUAUCCUCUGCGCCACAAAUAGGAGGGACCUGGGGAGAUCCUUUCACUUCUACUGCUGAUGCUGUUGAUGAUGCCAUUCCACGACUAAAUCCUUUCCUCACAAAAUCUAGCGAUCACCUCUCUGUCUCCUCUGAUGUACUACCCACUUUCACUUCUAGGACACCAACUCGUGAGAUGUUUGUUGAUUCUUUUUGUGGUCCUCAAGCUUAUCCUAAUGCUUCCCAUUUCCGCAGUGAGCCCUCAACUGUAGCUGGUCUAUUUGGAGGGUUCACUCAAUCUCCUGUUGCUCCAUCGCAGCCCUCAGCAGGCCUUAAUGUUGACUUUGAAUCUGUGUUUGGCAACAAAACUUCAAAUGUACCAGUGGAUUCUGGUGGGUUUGAUGAAUUAGGUGGACUCCUAAAACCAACAGUGGCCUCUCAGAACCAAAGUCUUCCAGCUUCGAAAGCACCACCCAAUAAGUUAGUAUUGGACGAUCUGGAUUCAUCUUUAGCCAACCUUGUGGGCAAUUUGGGCAUUGGAAAUGGAACGACUAAAAAUGAUGUAAAUUGGACACAGCCAGGAGAAAAGAAACUAACGGGAGGCUCCAACUGGCAACCCAAAGUUGCACCUACGACAGCAUGGAAUACUCCAACAAUGAAUGGCAUGCAUUUUCCACAAUACGCGCCGCCUGUUGUGGCCUACCCUGCUACAACGCCAACAGGAAUGGUGGGGUAUGGAAUGCCAUCCCAAAUGGGAGGAGUACCAGUUAUGACGCAACCAACCUUAAUAUACAGCCAACCUGUCAUGAGACCUCCAAAUCCUUUUGGUCCUGUAUCAGGAGCCCAGCUGUCUGCAGCAUCCAGUCCAUCCACACAGAGUCCACACAGAGCUUCAGGAAAGGAUCCUUUUGCAGAGCUCUCCCUCCAGGAUUUCUUGUAGGACAAUUUAGAUACAAUUCAUGUAACUGUACCAGAAGGGGUGGGACAAGAACAGUUCCAGCAAGUCACGUGCUCAACAACAAACCCUUCUUUCCAGCCAAAUCGAAACUGAUAUCUCAACUCUCCUCUUCACUAGAACAGCCCAGUAAAAUCACACAAGGCCCACAACGGCAGUAGGAGCACCACAUAGGGAAGCCUUUGCACCCCGCUGCAGCACUCGGUAUAAAGCCAAGAAUUGCCACAAUUCUGGUGUGGGAUCUUUUUCUUCUCCCUCCUGGUGACUUAAUCAUGUCAGUAACUCACCUCUUGUUUAAUAAUCUCAAUUGAUAACACAACCCUGCCCUCAAACCUCUUAUUCUGCUGUGAAGGGUAAAACGUGUAACCUGGAACUGCUAUUUGGAACGAAGAACUGGGCAUACUUUGACCAUUAACUCCAAUGACUUUCUCUAGGGGAUCAAAUCCGAAACACUCUUAAUUCUGCCGUUUCUUCUCUGCAGUCAUCAGAAAUGUUAGACUCGAUAAUGAAAAGUUUAACUUUUAAAAAAAGAAUUAUAUAUUCUGUUGCAUAGACAUUCCUUUAUAUAUUAUUGUUUGUAUUUAUUUAUGAUUAUCAGUUUAAGUAACAAUGUAUCUAUCACAGAGCCUCCUUUUGUGGAGAGUAAUGAGCGUGGGUGUAUACAAUAUGUCUCUCUUUUGGGGUUCUCUCAUUUUUUUCUUCCCAUUUUUAUCCACAAAAACUUAAUUCUGAUUCAGCGUACAUCUUCACUCCAGUAAUGCACCCAGCCACACAGAGCACUGAGUACAUUCAGAGGUUUGAAAACACCCAUUGUCAAAUCUCCAUGAGAAUUAGAGGUGUCAAUGUGUUAAACCAUCAAUUCUGUUAAGGAUUUUGGCAAGGGGGGUGGGGAAGAACAGCUGACUGGUUGGGACAAGCACAGUAUUUCUCAACCAGACAUUGGUGCUUCUGGAAAGAACUUUUUUCCUUGCUUUUUGCUUGGCAUGUCAUUUAUCUUACACUUGACGUACGGCCUUUCCAAAAUGAAUGUGAGGAAUUGCUUUCAUUUUCAAAGACUCCUUCUCUGUACAAAAAUAAAACAAAACCCCAAUGCAACUUCUGAGGUAUUAUGUGAAAAAUGCCUUUGAUUUUUUCCUCUCUUUUUUUUUUUGGCUAGUGCCAGCUCCAUGAUCAUGUACCAUGAAAUAGAAUUAAAAACUCAGAAAAGAAGUUGUGUCUUUACUAAAGGGCAUAGCUCACCACUAAGUUCUCCAGCGGAAGGUCUCCAUUCAGUUUGCAGGGGGGCUUGUGCAGGAGGGCUGUCUGGUGGGUUAGCUUCUCAGUGCUUAGGAACCCUUUUUAGUUUUUCUGUAGAAUUUGGAGCAGCGCUGUUGAUCAGUGCUUCGUGUAAAUACAAUCAUACCAGUUUGGGUGGCAUCUGGGGCCUUAAGAAGGAUAGUUGAAGGCAUGAAAGCAAUUCUGUACAUGAAUUAAGCAUACUUGCUGCAUUGUCUCCGCAGAUUCUAUUUUUGUUUAAAAUGUUGAAAAGUAUGUUAGCAAAAAAAAAAAAGGUGGAUUUUCAAAUAAAAUGCAGCUUCCACAGAA